AUGAGUAUUAUAUUAACAUUUUUAGCUUUGUUUAUUUAUCUUAUUUUUGUGUUACAAUAUAUUACGGAGGAUGUACAUAAAUAUGUGUACACCGAAAUUUGUGAAAAAGGGGCGAAUGAAAAUGAAUCAAGCGUAUAUUGUAUGAAGGAUCAUAAGAAGAAGAAUUCUUUAUAUGUUUAUAAACAUAUUAUGAAAUUUUUCUUAGAUACAUAUAAAUCAUUUCCCAAUGAAAUUGCAUUAAUAGAAAAUGCUAAUGGGGAACCACAAAAUUAUAUAACAUAUGAUAAUUUUUUUAGAAAGGUAUCAUCAUUUAGUCAUAGUUUGAAUACUUAUGAAGGGAAAGGUAUUGAAUCAAAAAAAUAUGAUGAAGAACAAAAUAAUGGUAUAUUUAAAUUGUUAGGUAUAUAUGGUAGUAAUUCGAUUAAUUGGCUAGCUUCUGAUUUGAGUGCAAUGUUGAGUGGUGUUACUACAUUAGUGAUGCAUUCCAAAUUUAGUAUUGAUGCAAUUGUAGAUAUAUUAAAUGAAACAAAAUUAGAAUGGUUAUGUUUAGAUUUAGAUUUGGUUGAAGGAUUAUUGAAUCAUGUAAAUGAAUUACCACACUUAAAAAAUCUUAUAAUUUUAGAUACUUUUUCUAAAACUAAGGAAUUAAAAUUAAAUAAGGAAGAAAAUAAAAAUGAAUGCUCAGUUAAUUGUAAUAAUGUGAAUGGAAAUGAUUUAUCUAAUAUGAUUGAAGUUAAGUCUUCAGGUCCUGUGGAAUAUGAUAAAGAAAAACUAGAAAAGUAUAAUGAAUUAAAAGAAAAAUGUGAGAAAUAUGGAAAGAGGCUAAUAUUGUUUGAUGAAAUGACAAGGACUGAAACUAAGGAUUUCACUAUUAAAAAUGAAGAUCCUGAUUUUAUUACUUCUAUUGUAUAUACAUCUGGAACAUCAGGAAAACCAAAGGGUGUUAUGUUGAGCAAUAAAAAUUUUUAUAAUCAAAUAUUUUCAUUAUAUAAUCAUAGUGUAAGAGAAAGGUAUAGUUUUAAAAAUCAUUUAUCUUAUUUACCAAUAUCUCAUGUGUUUGAAAGAACAUUUGCUUAUACUAUAUUAAUGUAUGGUGGAACAUUAAAAGUAUGGGGUAAGGAUCUUAAUUAUUUUUCGAAAGAUAUAUAUAAUUCUAGGGAAAAUGUCAUGGGAGGGGUACCUAAGGUUUUUUGUAGAAUUUAUACUAAUAUUAUGAAAGAAAUAGAAAAUUUGCCACCUACUAAAAGAAAGCUUGUAAAAAAAAUUCUAUCUUUACGUAAAUCUAAUAAUAAUGGUCUUUUUAGUAAAUUCCUUGAAAGUGUUUUUCAUGUAUCGAGUAAAAUAAAAAAUAAAAUAAAUCCCAAUUUGGAAAUUAUACUAAGUGGUGGUGGGAAAUUAUCACCAGACAUAGCUAAGGAUUUUUGUUACUUAUUAAAUAUUAAAUAUUUUCAAGGUUAUGGUUUAACUGAAACUGGAGGUGCUAUUCUUGGUAAACAUGCGGAUGAUGAACAUUUCGAAUAUAUAGGAGGACCUAUUGCUCCAAAUACAAAAUAUAAAGUAAGGACAUGGGAAACAUAUAAAGCAACAGAUAAAUUGCCAAAAGGUGAAUUGUUAGUUAAAAGUGAUUCUGUAUUUAAAGGAUACUUUUUAGAAAAAGAACAUACCAAGAAUUCUUUUACGAAUGAUGGUUUUUUUAUAACUGGAGAUGUUGUUCAAAUUAAUGAUAAUGGAUCAUUGAAAUUUUUAGAUAGAUCAAAGGGUUUAGUUAAAUUAUCACAAGGAGAAUACAUAGAGACAGAAAUGUUAAAUAAUCUAUAUUCACAAAUUUCUUUUAUAAAUAAUUGCGUUGUUUAUGGUGAUGAUUCUAUGGAUGGACCAUUGGCUAUCAUUUCGGUUGAUAAAGAUUUAUUUUUCCAAUGUUUGAAAAACGAUAAUAUGUUAGAAAAAACUGGCGUUAAUGAAAAAAAUUAUGAAGACAAAUUAACUGAUGAAAAUAUAAAUAAUACUAUUUUUGUUGAUUAUGUUAAAGAAAAAAUGAUGGAACUUUAUAAAGGAACCAAUUUAAGCAGAUAUAAUAUUAUUAAUCAUAUAUAUUUAACAUCCAAAAUAUGGGAUACCAAUAAUUAUCUUACUCCAACAUUUAAGGUUAAAAGAUUUCAUUUAUUUAAAGAUUACGCAUUUUUCAUUCAUGAAGUUAAAGAAAUGUAUAAUAAUAAAUUAAAGGGAAAUGAUGUAGAUAAUAAGAAUAAUGGAAAAAAGAAAGACCAAAAAAAAAAUGACCACAAAGAAAAAGAGAAUGAUUCGAGUAAAUUAGAAAAAGAAUCUGUUUCGAAACCACCUAAAACAAUAGUAGGAAAACAUGAAGAAGGUGUAGAAAAUAAAAAGGUCAAAUUAAGAGCUACCAAUGAAACAAGAGAACUAGAAAGAAACAAAUAA